AUGCCCAGUGAGCAAUUGAUAAUAAUGAUUGAGAAACAAGAACAAGGAAUCAAAACUGAAAAACCAGGAGGAAAAAUGUAUACCAAAAAAAAUGUUGGUAUCUGUUUGCUGAAAGACUCGAAAAAGACCAAAGGAAUUAAAAUGCCAAAAAUAUCUGCUGGUACAAUAAAUACGGAUCGCAUUCCCAAAGUUGACACUAACAUGACAGUACGAAUGCCUAAAGUCUAUUUCAUCAUAAAUUUACAUUAUACGCGUAAAAGUGGAUUGUUCACUAGCAUCUAG